AUCAGUUUAAUGUUGUUUUUCCAUGUUCGAAGUAUUGAUUUGUUGGGGGUAGAAGACAAAUUCACUUAUCAACUAUACAACAUUUCUUCAUUUUCCAUCGGUGAAAUUGAGGAGAGGAGGACUGACUCGCUGAUCCGUAAUGGUGAGAUUGAUGAUUCUAAUGCUUCUGGGAGCCGUGAUCAUGACCAUGGUGCCGUUAGGUGUCGGAAUCCGCGAUGAUCAAACUCGUGAAGCUGUUGCAAAGUGGUUCGAAAAGGUUGGGAACGAAAAACCCAAGUUGUCAAGACUUCACUUUUAUCUUCAGUUCAAUUUCACUGGGAACAAUGCCUCGGUUGUGCUUGUAGCUCAGCCCAACAUUACUUCACCAACAGGUUUCGGCGAAGUAUACGUGUUUGAUGGAUUGUUAACAAAGAAGCCGGAGGUCAACUCGAAGGCGGUUGGUCGUGCUCAAGGAAUUUUUGCGUACACCUCCAGGGAGGAGAAUGCUUUCACGGAAGUGGCUAAUUAUGUGUUCACACGCGGCGAGUACAAAGGAAGCACACUGCAAUUGAUCGGUUAUGGUACAUCUGAGGAGCAGAUCUUGGAGUUCUCGGUGGUCGGUGGUACCGGAGCUCUGAGGCUCGCAAGAGGUACCGCCUUUCUCGGAACGCUCUUCAUAGAUGCCGACAGAGAAACUAUUGAAGUGGAUAUCUUUUUUUUCCAGUAUUGAAUUAGUCCCCUGCUUUUUCUUUUUUACUAUUGGCGUAGAACUGAUUUCUUGUAUGAACAAGACUUUGGUGAUCAAAGUAUCGAUGCUUUUUUCUUGUAAAGCCUUAAAGGGCGUAUUAUUAUAAAUUGCGCUUGACUAAUCUCC